AUGGACGACAAUCCCGCUCGACGCACGUCCGCCACCAAUGACAGGAAGGCCUCCAUUGGCGAACAUGCUGCGGAUGCAGACCUGGCUAAACUGGGGUACAAAGGUGAACUCCCUCGAAGCCUGAGCAUGCUGAGUGUUCUUGGCCUGUCCUUUGCCAUUAUGGCCGUACCUUAUGGGACCAGUACGACUAUGUAUAUCUCCUUAACCAAUGGGCAGAGCGUCACGAUAUUAUGGGGCUGGGUCCUGGUUUCAUUGAUCUCGUUGAGUAUCGCCGCUUCGUUAGCAGAGAUUUGUGCUGUGUUUCCGACUGCUGGUGGUGUAUAUUACUGGUCUGCUAUGAUGGCUACGAAGGAUUGGGCGAAGAUUGCUAGCUGGAUCACGGGCUGGAUGAAUCUGGUCGGCAACUGGACAGUAACACUCAGCAUCAACUUCGGAGGCGCUCAAUUACUUCUGAGCGCCAUCAGCUUAUGGCGAGAAGACUGGGCAGCCAACGCAUGGCAGACCGUUCUCUGCUUCUGGGCAAUCAUGUUGAUCUGCUUCCUCGUCAAUGCCUAUGGUGCCAAAUAUCUCGAUCUCAUCAACAAAGUGUGCAUAUACUGGACUGCCGCAAGUGUUGUCAUUAUCUUGAUCACGCUCCUGAGCAUGGCUCGCGGAGGCAGACGGAGCGCGGAGUUCGUCUUCGCUCAUUAUGACUCCAGCCUGUCCGGAUGGCCCGCCGGCUUCUCAUUCUUCGUCGGCCUGCUUCAGGCUGCGUAUACAUUGACAGGCUAUGGCCUCGUGGCUGCCAUGUGCGAAGAAGUCCAGAACCCAGCCCGCGAAGUCCCAAAAGCCAUGGUCCUCUCCGUUGCGGCCGCAGGCAUUACAGGUGUCAUCUACCUCUUACCUAUUCUAUUCGUGCUCCCGGAAGUAUCUUACCUCCUUGCUGCGGCAAAUGGUCAGCCGAUCGGUCUCGUCUUCAAGCAGGCAACCGGAUCUGCUGCUGGAGGAUUCGGCUUAUUGUUCCUUAUUCUUGGUAUCAUGUUCUUCGCCGGCAUUGGCGCCUUGACCGCUUCGAGCCGCUGCACGUACGCCUUCGCUCGCGAUGGUGGUGUCCCAGGCUCGCGCUGGUUCGGGACGACAAAUAAACAGCUUGGCAUUCCAUUCUGGGGUCUAGUGCUCUCAACUGUGGUUUGCAGCUUACUCGGCCUCAUCUACUUCGGCAGCACGGCUGCAUUCGGCUCUUUCACAGGCGUUGCAACUAUCUGCUUAUCCUGCGGCUACGGUCUUCCCAUUCUGGUCAGUGUUCUACGAGGCCGCAGAUUAGUGAAACAUUCGACCUAUUCGCUUGGGAGAUUUGGCUUCAUUAUCAAUGGGAUCUGCUUAGUCUGGAUCGCUCUGGCUAUUGUGUUAUUCUGCAUGCCUGUGGCGAUACCUGUGACUCCAUCGUCGAUGAAUUAUGCAAGUGUCGUGUUCGCUGGCUUCGCCGCGAUCUCCUUUGGGUGGUACUUCAUCGGCGGACGAAAGCAUUUCACGGGGCCGCCGGUCGUCCAGGACGCUGAUCCAACUAUCAGAGGACAAGCAGUUGUUGCGGACGAUGAGAAGCAGAUUGGUCGUGAGACAUCACAUACGGAUGUCGAGACGAAGAUGUAA